GCGCGGUGCGCGCAGGAGGCGGCCCAUGGCUGCCCUCGGCGAGGCGGCGGCGCGGUGGGCACCCGGACUGUGGCGGCGGGCGGCGCGCUCGGCCACGGGGUUCGGGGGCCGCCGUUUCGCGAGCGGCUCGCAGAGCCCUCCCACCUUCGGGUUCCUGUUGGACAUCGAUGGGGUGCUGGUUCGGGGCCACCAGGUCAUCCCCGCUGCGAGGGAGGCCUUCCGCAGGCUCGUGGACCCCCAGGGGCAGCUGCGGGUGCCCGUGGUCUUUGUCACGAACGCGGGGAACAUCUUACAGUGCAGCAAAGCCCAGGAGCUGUCAGCCCUGCUGGGCUUCCAGGUGGAGCCCGACCAGGUGAUACUGUCCCACAGCCCCAUGAAGCUCUUCUCGCAGCAUCACGACAAGCGGAUGCUGGUGUCUGGGCAGGGGCCCCUGGUGGAAAACGCCCGAGCACUGGGCUUCAAGCACGUGGUCACAGUGGACGAGCUGCGGGCGGCCUUCCCUGUGCUGGACAUGGUGGAUCUGCAGCGGCGGCCCAAGACCACGCCCCUCCCAAGGAACGACUUCCCUGCGAUCGAAGGGGUGCUUCUCCUUGGGGAGCCCGUGCGCUGGGAGACGAGCCUGCAGCUGAUCAUGGACAUCCUCCUCAGCGAUGGGAACCCCGGCACCGGCCUGGCGACGGCCCCCUAUCCCCACCUCCCUGUCCUGGCCAGCAACACGGACCUCCUCUGGAUGGCCGAAGCCAAGAUGCCCAGGUUCGGCCACGGCACCUUCCUGCUGUGCCUGGAGGCCGUUUACCGGAAGGUGACGGGCAGAGAGCUCUGCUACACGGGCCUAAUGGGCAAGCCCAGCCUCCUCACCUACCAGUACGCGGAGGGCCUGCUCGCCAGGCAGGCGGCGCGGCGGGGCUGGGCGGCCCCGAUCCGGAGUCUCUACGCCGUGGGUGACAACCCCAUGUCCGACAUCUAUGGGGCCAACCUGUUCCACCAGCACCUGCAGACAAGGCGGGAGGGGGUGGCCCGGAGCUGCGCCUCCAUCCUGGUGUGCACCGGCGUGUACAGCCCCCAGGCCCAGGGGCCCGCCGCUCCCUCCCUGGGUGGCGAGGGGCCUCCGUUCCACGGGCACCGGGACCUUGGCUUCAACCCGGGGCUCCUGCAGGCGGCCCACGUGGUGAGCGACGUGCACGAGGCCGUGCGGCUGGUCCUCGGCAAGGAGGGCUGGGCUCUGUAGCAGAGAGGGAGGUGGGCCCGCUGGCUGCCCCCUGCCCACCGCCUCCCCGCCUCCCGGCCAGCAUGGUGACACUCUCGCUCCUCCUGGGCGGGGCCGCACUAUUGUUCCCGGGGUAGCAUUUGGGUAUCAGCCUCAGAUUUUUCUAGGCUGGUUCCUGUCUGCCUGUGCUGGCAGCCUGACCCCAGGCUCGUCCUCACUCUGGGGGGUCUUCUGCAGAAGAGGAGGCGGUGCUGCCUCUGCCCGCUGCCAGCACGGGCUGUAACUCACUCUUAGACACUACUUUUUAUGGUAGUUUAGCUUAUUGCCCAGAGACUUUGGACUUAUUUUUUUAAGUUAAAAUAAUUGUAAUAAAUAUUCAUUUUGCUGUC